AUGGAGCCUCUAUUCUCUGGCGUCUCCAACAAUGCCCACCACCUCUACACACUGCUCUCCUGCAUUGGCUUCGCCUCCAAAGCCACCGUCCAAAUAACCCCCGAUGGCCUCCGCUUCUCAGUAGAAGAAGGCCGCGUGAUCCAAGGCCUAGCCUUCCUGGACAAAUCCCUCUUCACCAGCUACACCUUCAACGCGCCAACCGAUACAGAAGCAGAAACCAACAACGAAUCCUCCCAAAAUGUGACCUACCCCCACUUCGCCGUAUCCAUCGCAGCCCUCCUCGAAACACUCAAGAUCUUCGGCAUAAACGAGCUCACAGAGCCUAACCGCGAAAAAAGCAUAACGCAAUCCUCAAGCGCCUUCAACGCUCCGGCCCUCCUAAUGGACCGCUCCUGCAUCCUCCAAUACGCCCAACACGGCAGUCCCCUCAGCAUAACAAUAACCGAAGCAGGCGUGAAAACAACCUGCGAACUCGUAACCUACGAACCAGAAGAAGAUGAAUCAGACAUCCCUUUACAACGCGAAGCAAUAAUCAUGAAAAUAAUCAUGCGCUCCGCCUGGCUCCAUAACGCUAUCGCCGAACUGGACUCCUCAUCACCAACAAUCCUCAAACUAUCCGCCUGCGCAAAAUCAGAACCAUACUUCACGCUCUCCGGCGCAGGCGGACCGUUCAGCGAAUCGACCGUUGAAUUCUCCAUCGACCAGCAAAACGAAAUAACCAACGGAGCCGGAGCCGGGACUGGACCUGGCCAUAGCACGGGCCCUUCACAAAAGAUCCUAACAGACGACGGGUCCUCGCGUACACGCGCAACACGGGCAAAACUCGCACCGACAGUCACAGAGACAUUCCUCGUAUCGCCGCCUUCGUCGAUGGGCGAGCGAAUCCGGCAGAAUUACCGAUUCGUGCUUGUUCGCAAGGCGGCGCGCGCCAUGUCCGUUGCGAACAAGGUUAGUAUUCGUGGGGAUCGGCAGGGGGUGCUUAGUUUGCAGUUUAUGGUUGAGUUGGAGGAUCAGAAUGGGGCUGUGGGGAGGCCGGUUGGGGCUGGGGUUCGGGGGCCUAGUGGGCCUGUUUGUUUUGUUGAUUUUCGGUUUGUGCCGUUGCUUGAUGAGGAGGAGAUUGAGAUGGGGUUGGAUGCUGCUGUUGGGUAG